GUACGUGUGUGUGUGUGUGUGUGUGUGGAAGUGGGAGUCAGUCUGCUGGGACUUCUUGGAUAUAAAUAUGAGCUAGACUGCGUGCAGGUGCCUUCUGAUCAUACAUCGCACACCAUGAGACUGCUGGCUCUGCUGCUGAUGAUUGGGGCUGCUGUGGCAGUUCCCCGUGAGGAUGGACGGAUCAUUGGUGGAGAGGAGUGCGAGCCUCACUCUCGUCCAUACAUGGCCUCCCUGAACUACGGCUACCACUUCUGUGGUGGGGUACUUAUCAACAAGCAGUGGGUGCUCUCUGUUGCCCACUGCUGGUAUAACCCCUAUGCAAUGCAGGUUGUUCUAGGAGAUCACGACUUGAGAGUUUUUGAAGGUACAGAGCAGAUCCUCAAGACCGACACCAUCAUCUGGCACCCUGAUUAUGACUAUCAGACCCUUGAUUAUGACAUCAUGUUGAUCAAGCUCUUCGAGCCUGUGGAAGUGAAUGAUGCAGUCAAACCCAUUCCGUUGCCCACAGGGUGCCCAAUGGGAGGGCUUCCCUGCUCUGUGUCUGGCUGGGGAAAUACUGCCACGGGUGAAGAGGUGAACAUGCCCAGACAUCUGCAGUGUCUGGAUGUGCCCAUAGUGGAUGAUGAAGCGUGCGAGGCCGCCUACCCUGGUAUGAUCACACGGAGGAUGGUGUGUGCUGGAUACAUGGAUGGUGGCAGAGAUGCAUGCAACGGUGACUCUGGUAGCCCUUUAAUUUGCCUUGGAGAAGUCUAUGGUCUGGUGUCAUGGGGUCAGGGAUGUGCUCAACCCAACUACCCCGGAGUCUAUGUUCGUGUGUGUGAGUUCCUUUACUGGAUUAGAGAUGUCCAGGCCGAAUACUCAUAAAAGAAGAACGCUCACUUCUUGCAUUGUCUUCCCUGUUUGACCACUCGUCUCUUUCACAUCCUUUAACUCUUCCCUGCUCUAGUUCGUUUCUUUCUCCCCGUAGCACGCUCACUGACACAUGCCCACUUUCAACACACAAGCCAUAACAAAGUAAACUCAAUAAAGCCAUGUGGUUUGUA